AUGCGACACAGGACACUUGGAUAUCUGCCAGACGUUACAAUCGGAAAUGCAUCCAGAGUAGAGCACGGUGCGCUGAUAGCAGACCAAAUUUGCGGCAACGGAACACGCCUGAUCUACUACAUGAACGUCGGCGAGGUACUCAGUCGCACGUUUACAAGGAAGGACACGCACGGUGUCCUGGGGGAUCUCAUCGUGUCGGCUACCGACAGCGCACAAGUCCCCUUGGAGCACGCACGCCGUGCAGCAGGCAGCGCCGUUCUUCUGGGUUUCACCACGCCGGCAUUUACAUAUGGGACUGAUCUCAUCCUGCCGGCGGAAACGAACGAACAGCUCCGAGCUGUGUUACACACGAAGGCAAAACUGAACGAGUUGGUUGUGGUACAAGCGCAAGGCAAGCACCGGCGAUCCAGGAAAAAGCUAGGAUUCAUUUUUGAGUACUUGACUACGGUGGCUCACUCUCACAGGGGCUCCGCCACAAUCUACAUUCCGGAGGUGCUGGCUGCCUUGGCUCAUUCCCGUCGUGCUAGUGGUGUGACGUUCCUUGACAUGCACCAUUGGAGUAGGAAAAACCUCUUUUCGGACGCGUCAAUAUGGGACAUUCCACUGAUACAGCCUCGCUUCGGCUGUGCCUUUGAUACGUCUCUGAGUUUGAAAGGGUACGACAUGGCAUCCGUGAUGGCCAAAGAGCUCGAAGCUUUCAAGUUCGGAGCAUCAUGCGAGCUUGGCUUUGAGUCAGUUGAGAUCUCCGAAUUAGGCGUCAAGGCUGACUGGGAGUUUGGCGUCAAAGGAACGAACCAAAGCAUGCCGAGCUUGCACGAUUUCAACGUAACGGUGUUGUAUCAGACGGUAGCGGCACAUGAACCCCUCUUUAAGAUAUCGAUCGCCACGGUAAUAGAGCAUUUUCCGAGUGCAUUUGAAGUGGUUGUCGUUGUCGUGGACGCCGAUGUAGCCCUUUUCGAGGGCAUCGUCAACCCAUUUCGGGCCACAGCACCAUUUCCUAUUCGUGUCGUCGGAGAGCCAGAGCUGAUGGACGGCAUGGUUCAGCAAACGUACUCGAAGUUGAGGGCUGACUUGUACGCGAAUGGGGAGUACGUUUUACACCUGGAUUCGGAUGCGGUCGUCUUCGAGGAUGUAACGUACGCGCACAUGUUUCAUCUCGGCAAGCCGGUGCUACCAUUCCGUCGGUACGGAAAAAACGGAGGAGAAGGUAAAGUGCACGAGAAACAUGGUCAAAGUCUUGCCUUCGCGGCGUGGCACUAG